AUGAGCCAGGGGUCUGGAAGGACUCCGGCCAUGCUGCUGGGCCCCUGGCUGCUGGCGGCGGCGGCGGCGGUGGCGGCGGCGGGCGCGGGCUGCCCGGUGCUGUGCAGCUGCCGCGGGCAGGCGGUGGACUGCAGCGGGCAGCGGCUCUUCUCCGUGCCCCCCGAGCUGCCGCUGGACACCGGCAACCUGAGCCUGGCCCACAACCGCAUCGCCAGCAUCCCGCCGGGCUACCUGGGCUGCUACGGGCAGCUGCGCGCCCUCGACCUGCGCAACAACUCGCUGGCGGCGCUGCCGGCCGGGCUGUUCCGCGGCGCCCGGCGCCUGGCGCACCUGGACCUCAGCUACAACAACUUCAGCCUGGUGCCCGCCGACAUGUUCCGCGAGGCCAGCGCGCUGCUGCGCCUCGACCUCAGCCACAAUCCGGGGCUGCGCCGCGUCCACCCGCAGGCCUUCCGCGGCCUGGCCCAGCUGCGCGAGCUGGACCUCAGCUACGGCGGCCUGGCCGCCCUCAGCCUCGACGCCCUGGAGGGGCUGCCCGGCCUCGUGGGGCUGCGCCUGGGGGGCAACCCCUGGCUCUGCGGCUGCGCCAUGGAGCCCCUGCUCAAGUGGCUGCGGGGCCGCAUCCAGCGCUGCUCCUCGGAUUCGCAGCAGGCGGAGUGCUGGGCUCCCCCCGAGGUGGCGGGGGCCCCCCUGCUGUCGCUGACGGAGGAGAGCUUCCAGGCCUGCCACCUCACGCUGACCCUCGACGACUAUCUCUUCAUCGCCUUCGUCGGCUUCGUCGUCUCCAUCGCCUCGGUGGCCACCAACUUCCUGCUGGGCAUCACGGCCAACUGCUGCCACCGCUGGAGCAAGGCCAGCGAGGAUGAGGAUGUUUAGGGACCGCCGCCGAUAGACCCCCCCCGCCCCGGCCACC